AUGCUCUCUGUACGGUCGUCCAAGAAAUCCGACGCGUCAAGGCCCAAGUCUGGCGCUCUGGUCUCUCUUACGGGUGCAACCCGUGGUAUCCGUCGUACAUCGCCCAUUAUCGACGUCAAUCUCAACUCUUACUCACGCACUGAUCCUUUUCAGGCCUUCAAUGUCCUGUUGAAGCUCCUUUCUUCUCUCUCUUCACGCGUCGGUGGUUGUCAAUACCGCCUCACGCCUCAAGAACAUAGAUUGUCACUACACCUGCUUAACAUCGUCGAGCCUUUCGUCGGGUCUACACCCUCGAAACGAACUCUUAUCACUCAUCAACCUACGGAAAUCCUCGACGCGAUUGUUUUCCAUGUCUCGUCACGCGCGGAUUUGCUCAAUCUCGCGAUGACUUGCUCCAGGAUGCAUGGUGUGGUUAUUCCUAGGCAUUUUGAUUAUCGAGUCGUCAAGUGUAAAGUGAGCAGUGUUAGUGUGUGGAAUCACUUGAGCGUACAUCGGUCUUUGGCGAUGAACGUCAGGCAGUUGGAGGUUUUAGAUGAGCGUGCUGUAUCGGGGCCGGGGACUGCUAUCGGUCACGGUACACUCUCAUCGUCGUUGUCUAACCAGUCUCGAGAGAUGGUCCCGGGUGGAAUAUCAUCUACCGAGACGGAUUUGGAAGAUACCGACGAUGAAUUGGCCAUGCAUAUAAAGCAAGAGCAGUAUUUACUCGAUGCUUUGAGCAAGAUGGCCCAUCUCGAGUCGUUCAUUUGGAGUUGUAAUCAUUCACCGAUCUCGAUUGACACAUUCUGGCCAAUACUUCUCAAAGUACAUGCGUUGAAAGAAGUGGAGAUUAACGAUAAUAUGGUAUUUGCGCCUAUGGUCGUCGCAGACGAAGAGGGUGAGGAUGAGGAUGUGCCAGCAAGCGAUGCUCGAAACGCGGUGGCGCGCCAACUCAAAGCGGUCACACUUCAAUCAACUCGACACGCGUAUGGUUCAACAAAGCAUCCAGAUUUCACUCGUGUCAAAGGGAUGCUCAACAGUUGUCCGAAUCUCGUGUCCCUUAACAUUUCCUACAUCCACCCGCGUUCUUCCUCAUCUCAAACCCUCCUCUCAGCCGACGACCUGUUCUUAUUUGGUCGUUGGCCUUCUCUCACCUCUCUGACACUUGCUAAUCUCCGCUUUUCUUCCUCCUCCGUCAAUCUUUCUGCCGCCAGCACCUUCCUCUUCGCACAUUCCAACAUCGAGGUCCUCCACCUCGACAUCAGUUCUACCCUCAGUUCAUCCACUUUCCACAAACAAAUUGUGUUUUUAUCGAACUCCCUCCCACGUCUUCGUGAACUCAGAGCACAUCGGGAUGUAGUCAGCACAAUUCUCGCGUGCCCGAAUGAAACCGGACCAAGACCUCUCGAAAUGAUCAAAGGCGUUAAAUUGUCGUCUUCGGAAAUGAAAAACCCUCUAUUCUUCGUUAAUCUCCGUCGUUUUGGGAGCCAUGUGAGAAGGGUCGAGUUGGAGAGUUGGAAUGAGAUGGAUGAUAUUAGGAAGUUGAUUGAUUCUGUCCCAAAGCUGACUUGGUUGGAUUUGGGGAUCAAGGGGUACGGACAUGGGAGAUCCGGUGGUGGCGGUGGUUCUUAUGUACCCACCGUCAAUGUCAACGAAUGGGCUACACUUCUCUCUUCAGCUCCGGAACUCACAACGUUCCAUGGUAUCAAAUUCUUCUACGAAAUAUCUCUGCAGGCCCAGGCAUCUCUCGCGUCGUCUUACGAAUCACUAUCCAAUGGAUCUUCUUCCUCCCCUGCUUCUUCCUCAUCUUCUUCCUCGAUUGGGUCGAGUACCGACCGCAGCCGAAUCCGCAAGAACGACGAAACGGCUAGUCUGUUGGCAUGGAAAUGUCCUAAACUGAGGAGGGUGGACCACUGGGAUUCGGAUAAUGGAGGAGGUUCGGGAGGGAAGGUUAUCGUUAUUAUGAAUAAUUCAAAAGAUGUUGUGAAAGAUUUGAGAAACGGAGAAGGGAAAGAAGGGAGGGAUAGAGAGAAGGAGAAGGAUAAAACGGGACCGCGGUGGGAGAUUCGGAGAGUCAAGCAGUAG